CUGUGUCAUAGACUAAUUAUAUCUGUGUCACCUUGACACUGUCCACUGCUCCUAUCUUAAGAUAACUCAUGUCAUCUCUUAAUCUGUUUGUUCCAGACGUCAGGACUCCAGCAUCGUGCUGAUCUCUCUCUUUGUGCAGAUAUGUUGACUCUUUGAGCUGAGAGCUGUAAUUGGCUUAUAGUAACAUGAGGAGGAUUGUGACUGGUUGUACAUUGGCACAUGGUGUUAAUUGAGGAUAUAUCAUUGGUUUGCCAUCUGAUGACGGUGGCCACAUUCAACAGACUUCCUGAUUGUUUUCUGUUCAUUGUCUGCCCAGAAAUAAAUAAUUCUAGACCAUACAUGCAAAACUUUUUUCCUGGCAUUAUUUCAACGUGUUUCUGCCUUUCAUUGUCACGACAUUUUUGGCGUUGUCAUAGACGCAGUUUCUGGGAACUGGAGCUACCCGCUGUGGCCGACUUUUGGCUGGACGGGGGGAAGGAGUUUUUUUGAGAGAAAAAGGUUUUUCCCUCUGAAAUGUGUCCACGCUGGAUACUGUAUUUUUUUUUGUUUUUGUUUUUGUUUUUGUUUUGUUUUGUUUUGUCUCGGCCGCUGUUGGGUGUCUUCGAGACCGGAGCUGAAAAGAACCUGUCUGACAGAAACACGAGAACAAUAUGAGGACACUCUGGCCCCUGGUCGUCAACCCCCACCACCGACAGGACCCCGCUCCGACAGCGAUGACCCUGACGAAGGAUCUGAUGACGAGGAGGAAGAGGUGCUGCAGACAGAAUCUGAUGACGACACAGCUGCUGAUAACCGUCCUCAGACACCACCUCCUAUGAGCACCGACCCAGUGAAGCAAGAACCACCACAGCCAAAGCCGAGACAGGUGACUGAAGCAGCUGCUACAAAGAUGGAACUCAGAAAAAGACAGGAAAAGCAAGGUGCAGCAAAAGCCCCCCGCCCCUCCACCUCUCGGUCAAAGACAGGGUGCCACAGCUCUGAUGCUGUGGCACUGAAGACUGCAAAGAAACUGGCUGAGCUGCAGGAGGGAAAAGAGGCUCUGGAAUCACAGCUAGCAGACAUAACUCAGAAGACCAGUGAGCUGACCCUGCCCAUGAUAGAGGUCGCAGGACAUGCAGGUCCAGCACUGGUGUUCCGUCCCUGGACAAAGGAGGACAUGAAGGCAUACAUGCAGCAGCUACCGAACGUUGUGGAAGGUGGGGAAAAGUUCUGCGCUGCCAUUAAAACUUUCUGCAUGGAAGUACAACCCACCUGGCCUGAACUGAGAAGACUGCUACUCUUUCACAUGGGCCGACCCAACUUUGACAAGAUUAAAGGCAACCUGGUGGGUGAAUACCGUGUCAUACAUCCGACUUCUGAUGACGCAGCAAACAACCAAUAUCGAACUGCAUUGGAUAAGCUGUGUGCCACCAUCAACCGAGCUUUUACAAGAAAGAUUGUCAUGUCAAAGGUGAAGGCCUGUGUGCAGCUAAAGACUGAAUCAUCGGAAGAUUAUUUCUCUCGGCUGCUAGCUGUCUAUAAUGAGUACUCUGGAGUCGACGAGCCGUCAGACAUGGGUGACGUGAUGGGGCAUUGGGAGAGCGCCUUCAGCCAAUUUUUCCUGAACGGGCUGUUACCUGCAGUCUUUGCAGUGAUGAAAGACACCUGUCUGGACAUGAAAAACGCUCGCUUGGAAAAACUGCGCAAACAUGCCAGAUGCGCGUAUGAGAAACUAGAGGAUGAAAGAGAGGCUGAAGAUAAGCUGAUAUCUGAAGCCCACAGGCAAACACAGCUCACUCUGGCCCAGACUGUGACAAAACCAGCUGUUCCCAACAACGCUGCUCGUUUCCCUCGCAGUCGGGGGAGGGGCCGCGGUAACUGGAGACGUCAGCAGCCUGCAAAAAAACCUCAAAAUUCCUACUGCUACAUCUGUGGAGACCCGAACCACUGGGUUAAAGACUGGCCGAAGAGGCUCAUCAAAAGGGGAGAUGGAUGCCAGCAGCUGACUAAGUGUGGAACAGGGCUGGGCGGCGCUUCAGCGGGAGGGGUCGACGCCAGAACUGUGUAUAAAUAUAUAUAUUAAAAAAAAAUUCCCCUCUCACCCUCCGCGGGUGGUCUCUUUCAUCCUCUGAGCUCGGGUCCUCUACCAGAGGCCUGGGACCUUGAGGGAUCUGCGCAGUAUCUAAGCUGGGCCUAGAACUGCACAUUUCUGGACUGAGAUGUCUGAUGUUCCUGGGAUCUGUUUUAGCCACUGCUCCAGUUUGGGGGUAACUGCCCCGAGGGCCCCGAUGACCACAGGCACCACUGUGGUCUUCACCUUCCAGGUCUUUUCCAGUUCCUCUCUGAGGCCCUGGUAUUUCUCCCUACCAAGGAGAUGC